AUGUCCAAGGAGAUAAAAAGUGUAUUGCUAAUUGGUGGUGCUGGGUUUUUAGGUCUUCAUUUAAUUCAAGAAUUUUAUGAUGUUAAACCUCAACCAAAGAUCUGUGUAUUUGAUGUCCGUCCAAUACCAGAAAAGUUAAGUAAACAGUUCACAUUUAACCCAAAAGAAAUAGAGUUUUUUAAAGGGGAUCUAACAUCCGAAGAAGAUGUUGCUAAAGCGAUCAAAAGUUCGGGUGCCAAUGUUGUAGUCCAUUCUGCUUCUCCCAUGCACGGGAAUACCCAAGAGGUAUAUGAGAAGGUGAAUGUUGAAGGUACUAGGAAUUUGAUUAAGGUUUCCAAAGCUUGUGGUGUGAAAGCCUUGGUCUAUACUUCCUCGGCUGGUGUUAUUUUUAACGGGCAAGAUAUUCACAAUGCAGACGAGACUUGGCCAAUACCAGAGAUUCCUAUGGAUGGUUACAAUGAGACCAAAGCUAUAGCAGAAGGGAUGGUGUUAAAGGCAAACGAUCCCUCGUGUGGAUUUUUAACAGUUGCCUUAAGGCCAGCUGGUAUUUUUGGGCCUGGCGAUCGUCAAUUGGUCCCAGGGUUGAGGGCAGUUGCCAAGCUUGGUCAAUCUAAAUUUCAAAUUGGCGACAACAAUAACUUGUUUGAUUGGACGUAUGCAGGAAAUGUUGCGAAUGCUCAUGUUUUGGCAGCUAUAAAAUUACUAGACGCAGAGACAAGAAAUGCAGUUUCUGGGGAAACAUUUUUCAUUACAAAUGACACUCCUGCCUAUUUCUGGGCCUUAGCACGUACUGUUUGGAAGGCAGAUGGACACAUUGAUAAGUAUAAUAUUGUUUUGUCCAGACCAGUUGCCAUUGUUGUUGGAUACUUGUCUGAAUUUUUUUCUAAAUUGCUAGGCAAAGAACCAGGUUUAACUCCUUUCAGAGUUAAAAUUGUAUGUGCUUAUCGUUACCAUAAUAUUAGCAAGGCCAAGAGAUUAUUGGGGUAUUAUCCAGUAGUUGGCAUUGAAGAAGGUAUUAAUAGGACUUUGGCCUGGAUGGAUGAAGGCUUGGAUUAA